AUGGCCGUCCAGCUUCCUCCGCUCCCGCUACCAGAAGGCGUGACCUCUAGACAGAUCGACACGGCGCCGCGCGGAAUAUCAUUCCAUAUACUCGAGGCAGGGUACUCGGCUGCACACGACCGGCCGCUGAUACUGCUGCUGCACGGCUUCCCGGAGCUGGCGUACUCGUGGCGCAAGGUGAUGCCGCUGCUGGCGUCCGGAGGGUACUAUGUGGUUGCGCCGGACCAGCGAGGCUUCGGACGGACGACGGGCUGGGACACGCGAGACUAUGACAACGUCGACCUGAGAGACUUUGCCGUGACGAACCUCGUUCGGGAUAUGGUGGUGCUGGUGCAUGCGCUGGGGUAUAAGAGCGUCGAGUGCAUUGUUGGACACGACUUCGGGGCCGUGGUGGCCGGGUACAGCGCCCUUGCAAGACCCGACUUCUUCAAGCGCGUGGCUUUCAUGAACCAUCCGUUUGUUGGCGCGCGCGAGCUCUCGGGCGAGGUUGAAGGCGGCGGAGACGACGAUCAUAUACACCGGGAGCUGGCUGCGUUGAACAGGAAACAUUUCAAGUGGUACUACUCUACGCGGCAGGCGAACGCAUCCCUCCCCAUCUUAUGA